AUGUCGGAAGAGAUGUGUCCAGAGGAGAUGUCCCAUGUGCAACUUUCGAAGCACCAGAUGUUGCAGCCCUCUGACUCUGCAGAGCUCUACUGGCAAGCUUAUGGUGCAGACUAUUGGAUGUGGGCGCUGGGGCUGGUCGGUAACGACACGGUCCAUUGGGGAGGCUUCAAAGGUUUUGCCAAGGUGGGUCUCGCCUUGACGAGCAACCAGCCUGAGGGAGACCUCUUUGAGACGGUCGCGGCCGCUGCCGGCAUCGUCGGCCUACAUCCAGGAUGCAUGACCGGUAAUUGCGAGGACUCGUCUCAGUUCAAUGACUUGCUCACGGCACUCUCCCGGGAUGGGCCAAUGCAGCGGGCCUUCACCAUGUGCUUCAACGACACAUCCUCCGGCGGUGGGCGCAUGUACCUGGGCAUGCCAGCUGAUGCGAUUCCAAGUCAAGCCACGGUCUUUCCGAUGGUCCCGGCCAGCGGCUCAUCGAAUCCGUACUACUCGGUGCUGUCCAGCUUUACGGGGCAGACAGACAACGUCACCUUCUCCUUCGAUGGCAAGGUGCUGCACACCGUGGCCAGCGAGACAUGGAACACCAAUUCGCUUAGCAACAGCCAGAACUUUUUGGACUCGGGCACUCAUGGCCUGGAGAUUCCGAUGAGUGUCCUGGAAGAAGUAAUUGGGCAUGUUCAUGACCGCAUCAAGCACCAUGACGACGAAUGCAAACAUGUUUGGGGCAAGACAAACUUGGAGAACCUGAACGCGAAGUAUGUGGUCACGUCUUACAUAGACGCCAGUGAAGCCAUGAAGGACUGUGCCUUGAAGCACAUGCAUGAUUUGGUGAUCAACGUGGGUCCCGAAAAUGACCUGGUCAUCUCGAAAUCAAGCUUCUUUUACGAGAAGCAGCCAUGUUCCGGCGUGUAUCAUAUCUCCUGGACGAAGAGUGGCGGUGACCAUGUCUUGUUGGGAACUGCCUACUUCUGGGGUAAGAACCUGCUUUUCAACACCACGGACCUUGCAUCUCCCACGCUCGUCGACUUGGGCCCUGCUGACGGCUGUACCAAGGACUAUGGCCAAAUCCCUGGGAAUGCCAUUCCACUGCACGGUGCCCCAGGGCAGGUCCUCGGAACAGAUGGCACCAUCACUGCAGAGGUGGCAGUGGGCACCCCACCCCAGACGGUGUCCGUCCAGAUGGACACAGGGUCGCAGAAGUUUUUCAUCGUUCACGCGGAGUGUCGGAGACUGGUGAAUUGCUUCAGGGUGUUGGUCUACGACUACCCUUACAUCUCGCUCCAUCAAGGCAACAAGUUUCAUGAUGCGACGUGCCAGACGCAAGUGGAGCUCUUGCAGGGAGCUUUGCUAGGUUCGAGCAUGAGCUGCACGAACGAGACGACAGAUGGGGCGUGGCUGUCUUGUACUUGCCAGACCUAUCAACAAUGCUACCGAGGUCUGCUGGAAGCAAUCCAAGAGAAGCUGGUUCCAAGCCAGGUCUGCGGCAUCACCCGGAAGGCGUGUGGUGAGCCCGUCGACUUUUUCCCGGGCUUGUCGCAGACUUUUGAGCCGGCCAACCUUCCCAGCUUCAAGUUUGCCCACCCGCCCGGUGACCGAAACUUGUAUGUGAAGUGCCAGCACUCCUGUGAAGGAUAA